AUGUUCUACGACCUCACCUUCACCGCGGCACCAAGCAUACGCGAGUUCGGCACUCUCAUUAAAGGCCUGAAAGACCUCACUCGUCCAUCAGACCCAAUGUCACAUCUCCUCCACGUCGAUUGCCACUCACGAAGCAAGUACGCCGCCUCCUACUACGGUCCUGGAGCUGCCUUGAUCGUCUACAACCCACCCACACUCACGGCUUUACUACUCUUGUUGCCUGAGUCACACCGCAAUUCAGUGGCCGACAUUCGCUGCAUCGUGUGUCGUAACCAAGAGGACGAGGAUAUUGAUGAUGAACCCCUUCCAGAGGAAGCACACCAGAUUGAAACCUGUCUGGAGAACACGAACUGUGAGGGGAGCCUGGCAUCUCGCACACGCUUGGGCACUUCGGAUCAUGUGACCAAAGAUCUAGGUGACUACGCCGCUUUGGUCCGCUCAGCACGCGGCUCAGACAUCGGGAUUGGGGUUGGAGUGUGA